AUGAUCCUUGGAGAAUUGGAUGGCGACUUGAUCAACGCUUGGCCUUAUGCUUACCAUGACAGGUUCGGAACUGCCAUCUGGGAUUGUGAUGAGCCCAUUUAUGCGGGAGCACUGUUCCUCCUGGCGCUCGCGCUUGCGGAUGGAGCUCUCUUUGGAUUUACGUCUCCUGAAGAAGUCUUCGAGCAGAGAAUUCCCCCAGGGGAGAAUGAGCUAGUGCUCUCAUGGAAGGACGAGGCAAGAGACCGACGCGUCGUCAGAAGUGUCACAGCUGAAGGAGUCGGUGAAGAUCCGUUGACAAAGGAGCAGUAUCAGAAAGACCUCCGCCGAAUUUUGAUCUGGGUUGGCUUUUUCAUUACAGCCACGGUCCAUGCUAUGCGCCGCGAGCUAGGGAAGGCAGUUGCAGCCAAAUAUGCCUCUGCCCUUGUAGCGCAGGUACUUACGCACGGCUCCGAGGCGAUCUACGGAGACAACUACCUGGCCAACUGUUCCGGUGUAGAUGUGGUCAACGCGUUGAGGCGUCGGCCCACAGACCAUACUCACCUUGAAUAUUUCCAAGGCUUUGAACAGUACCAUGAGAACGGCCUUCCUCAUCGGCUGCCUACGGAGGAGGAAGAGAAGCUCGAUGAGCAUCCCGAUUUGAUUGCCAAAGACCUGGAGAUUGAGAACGCGCGGUCCGCUGAUGACAUUAAGAAACUACGCCAAGACCGUAGCGUCAUUAGGCGAAAGCUCUAUUCCAAAGCGUUGCAGAAGUAUCAAACUCAUUGGGUGCAGGAGCGACGCGACUGGAAAAUUAUGACUCGCGGCCGAGAACGUCCGGAUCAUGUUGAGCAGGUGGCACAAAAACAGGCUCUGUGCAAGCUCAUGCCCGAGUUAGGUCGUUUGGCGGCAAUCAUGUCGACCAAUAAACCACUUUCUUUCCAUGAGAAAGCGAGCGUGGUGAGGGAUCUUUACACCCAAUGUCUCCGUGACUUUUCCGUGGUAUAUCGACCGGGAGAAGAGCCUGUAAAAGGGCGCUGCCCAGUCACAAGUUGCAACAAAGACUUAGACACGUGA